UUCACAAUGCAGUCAUUUUGACUGCUUUGGGCAAUAUAGGUAUAUACUAAGUUUCAGUCUUUCUAGUGUUAAUAUUCCCCUUCCUGGAUGAAAUAAUUCCAAUUUUGAUUUGGUUGUAAUAAUUGACUGAGUAAUUAACGGCUGAGAAUUAACUUAUUAAUUGGGAUUGGGGGUAGAUUAAUCAUCCAUUAAGGUACCCUGGCUUUUAAUUUCUUCUGAAUUAAAUAAUAAUUCAAAUAAUAGUGGGUGUGUACGGAUUGUAAUUUGAUUAGGGCUAAUCACUGUUAAACAUUCUUUGAUUCAACGACUCGACAAAAGCUUCUGUAGCUCAUCGAUUAAAAUCAAAGCUAUCUCUACAGAUAGUGCAAAGGAAAGUGAGGGAAAAUGUAAGUGUCCAGUGCUGAGGAAGGGAGAGAAUGCGAAAGGGUUGAAAGUGGAGCGAGGGAUUCAUGGCGUGAACCAUUCUACCACGAUAUCAAUUAUUCUUCGAAAAAGCGCUGAACGCAUUAACAAACCAGGAUGCACGCGGUUGGAUUGCACUCGGCGCUGGCCAUCAAGCGUCAGCGUAAGCGCCGGGACGAGCAGCGUCGCGCCCGCGAGCGUCGUUAUAGCACCCAGUCGGGCGAAAGCGGUCUAACAUCCCCCCGCGCAUCUACCGGUUCCCUGGACCAUCACUCGAGACACAACGAGCACGGGCAUCACUCGGCAGGGCAAGGGAUGCUGGAUUCAAAAGUAAUGACCUCGGUCGGGAUGCUGCACAUCGGAGUAGUCUUCCUGGUCUUGGGUUGCUUCUUAUUAAUGAGCGGCCUGCUACCAGGAGAUUUAGCCCAAUGGGGCACGAAAGCCUCUGGGGGUUGGUGGAACGAGCUGGUCGCCAUCGGAUUGUUCGCAAUCUUUUUGGGAAUUUUCCUGAUAGUUCUUAAUAGAAUUAUUGCCAAGAAGGAGGAACACGAUCUCGAAGAAUACGUGCAGAGGCAGUUGACUCGGUCCAGGUCGGGGCAUAGAUUGGAGAGGGAUGCUGAGACUGGGGGAUUAUCUACGAGGCAGGCAAAGAGGGCUAGACAGAUGCUGCAAGCAGCUGCGGCUGAGGCUGAUGCACAGAUUGAGAAAGAGGCUAGUUCGCCACCUAGGAGUCCUCCUCCUGCUUAUUCGCCACCGAUUAAUGGAGAUCAGGCGCAGAACGCUGCUUUGUAUUUGGAACAAAUCACGGAGGAGGAGAUUAUUAGCGAUAGGGUCGAGACUUCUACUACUAAUAGCUUGAGUCCUGGGUCGCCCAGUGAGACCAGAGAGUUGUUGCAGAAUCCCAGAUACUCAAAACAGAACGGACAGCAGGCUAGGGGACCUCUGUAUGUCUCCAAGAUUUAAAUGAGAGGUUGACGAGGUGGGUUUUGUUUUUUUAUUUCGGGAGAAUGAAGGAAAUAUUUGAGGUCCGAGGGUAUAGUGGUUGUUAAGAUUUUUAAUUGGUUUGAAACAGAAAACUGAAUCAUGUGUUUUAGAAUAAAACUGAUUGACAGAACUCGAAAGUCUCAUCUACGAAUUGACUUACGCGAAUAAUGAAAUUCAUCUCCGAAGAAAUGUGGUAUCGAAGAAGAAUUCCAAGCAUUUUCCUAUUAGAGAACUCCUACUAUAGGAUCUAAAGAUAUCUAGAGCAAGGGGUCGAGUCUCGUACGAAAAGGGGGUUGAGAAAUUUUAAUCCAGUCCACAGGAAUUCGUAUUGAAUCGUCGAGUGUAAACAUCAGUUUUGCCAGUAUCCAUAGGAGAAACUGAAGGACCAAUUAAGAAUUUAACCGGUGGAUAAUUUUAACACAGUCCUGCAGUCGCGAAUCGAAUAAUCAAAUUUAAUGGAGGACUACGUUAAAUGAAAGAUGAGUGGGUAAAAGAAUGUGGGUCUGCAAGGCACAUGUCAACCCUGUGAACUGCAAGUUUUUAUAAAAAGCUAUAAAAGUUUGCAGUCUGGAGAACGAGGCCAUAUCAUUAAUUAACAGAUCCAUCUAAUCAUCUAUACGUUAAUGAACUAUUACUAUACGAAGCUAUUAAUUAGAUGAAUCUUAAAUGCCAAAAAUUCUAUAUAUAUAUAAUAAUAUAUAUAUAAUAUAUAUAUAAUAUAUAUAUAUUUAAAUAAUAAUUAGUCUCCUAAUUAAAAUUGGGAAGCCGCGUUUCCUGGCAAAAAGUCCAACUGGAUUAUCAUUUAAAGUGAAUCACUAUAAAUAAAUUGGCAGUCUUUCUAAGAAAUUGAAAUCCGAGGAGAGAUUUAAAACUACUCUUUUCCCUAGCUUUAGCGUGGACCGUACAAAGUCGCUUUUUUACAAAUCAAUUAUCGCAACGAUAAAUUCUUCAACUAAUUAACAAUUGUAUUGAAGAGGACACUGGAGUCUCAUUAAUUCGAAUGGGACAGUGAAUUCUUAAGUAUCGAUAGUUCACGUGUUUCUCCAUCCUUUUCCCCAUGGCCAGUGUUGCAAUUAAUUAAUUAAUUAAUUAAGUAAGUAAUUAUUAAGGGGCAUCGUACUUAAUCAAUUGGCUCUGUGUCCAGCGACUGAUAUAGCGCAUAUACUUAUUAAGACUAGUAUGUUAAGUCUGCUUUGGACUUGGCUACAUUUUUAUCAAUCGUCAAAUAAAGAAUGGAUUUCAGGCUUGAAUUAUAUCAUUUAUUGUUAGUUUCAUUUGAAAAAUGAGAUACAAGAAGAAAAUUUGAUUUUAAUUCGAGUUCUAAGUAUAUCUGUGAUUGUUUUGAUGCGUUUGAAUCGGAGGAAAAAAUCGUGGAAUUGAUUAAAAUUCAUUAUUAUAGAAUUUGAAAACACGAUACAUUUAUUUUUAAUAUAAAUAAUGAGUGGAAUGAUUUGAAACAAUUCUUACAUGGUUUUCUGCUGUACUAGAACGUCUCUGAUUAUUUUCGGCGCACUUAAAUACCAAAAGUUGUAUGUCAAAUGAUCACAAUUAAUUUUUCUGAAUAAGGGAAAUUGAUAAAGAAUGUCGCCAGGUCGAACAGAGACCUUCCACUUUUAUAAUACCUUGGAUAUUUAAAUAACUAAAUAUUUGCUAGCUUUAGAUCAACGAGAGAUUUUUCAAAAUGACCACACUGAACGACAAUUAUUAUUAACGAACGCAUAUAAUUAUGAUUUUUAAGGGUUGGUUGUUUUCGAAGAUUUUAUGGAUAAAGAAACAAAAAAAAA